AUGAGCAGCAAGCCUAGCAAAUUCCCAAAAGACAUCGAAAAAAUCAUCCUGGAUACCUUUGAUGGUGGACCUGUAAAAUUUGAGCCAGUAGUUCAAGCUAUUUCACCUAUUUUAGCAUCAGAGACAAACCAAUUUGUUCUUGACAACGAAGGAAAAUCAAAAGCUCCUAAUUGAAGCAGCUAUUCAACAUGCACAGAAUUUUUUGGAGUUGUGAGAAACUCAAUCCGAUCAGCUAUCGAAACUUAUGGCUUUAUCCACACUUCAAUAGCCUAUAAAAUCCCUAUUGAAUUAUGCAUCCACAUUUUCUAUGAUACUAAAGUCCAUAUAGAAAGCGAAAGAGAAAUCCAAAAAUAUAAAAAAUAUGUGGAGUCUUGUCUUCCAAAAGAGCCUUCUAUUUUCACCCCAAAAUUUUGCUGCAAUUUGGCACAUCAGCUGAUUCAUGGAGCUUUAAAUAAACAGCAUAUCAUUACUACUUAUGGGGUUGAAGAAGAAUCUAUUGAAUUAUGAUUGCGAUUAUUUUCGUAUCCCAAAAAGCCUCGCCCUUUGUAUGAUACGUUUCCAAAAACAUUUAAAAUUCAGCUAGUGAGGGAUUAUUUAGAAGGGAAUUAUGAUGCGGAAAAUAUCAAAAUAUGCUGGGAUUUGGAAAAAGAAGUAAUUGAAAAUUGGAUUUAUGCAGAAUUAGAAGAAAAAGAGGAAAUUGUGAUGCCAACGGCCAGGAGAAGGCUUACUAGGGGUGAAAAAGAAGAUAUUGUGGACAAAUAUUUGCAGAAAAAGAUGACGUACAAAGAAAUCAAAACGAAGUAUGGAGUAAAUCAGUCAGAAGUUGAUAAAUGGAUUACUGCGAGAAGAAAUGGAGCAAAACUUAGGGAUCCUUAUCAUGGACAUAGAGCAUCAACUAUUAUGGAUCAGGCUUAUAAAUUUUUAGAGUUCAGUUCAUAG